GCAUCGGUUUUAGAGAUACAAGGCCUCUCAACCAACCGAACUCGACUGAAGAGGAAGCAUCAUCAAAAUCAGCAUGAAAACAAAAACCAAAUCGCUUAUUCUCAAUCUUUCAAAGGUCCUUUCUUCAGCCAAGGCACCCUCUAAACCAUCGCUCCUCAGCCUCAGACCACUUUCCUCCACCACCAGCCCAACUGAACAAGCCCCACUUCCUUCAAGCCCCUGCGACAAGAAAGACUCUUUCGUUCUUGAGAGUUUCAGGCUCAGACAGCUCAAGGGAUCCCUAAAAAAUAACCCACCACCACAACAACAGCAAAACAAACCCCCGCAGCCACAGUCUUCAAAUGCGGCGCCCUCUGAAGUUGUGUCAAGUUUUGAGGAACUGGGGUUGAGAGAGGAGGUGAUCAAAGCUGUGGAGGGGCUGCUUGGUGUUUUUGUUCCUAGUGAGAUUCAGUGUGUUGGGAUUCCUGCGGUUUUAGAGGGAAAGAGUGUUGUUUUGAGUUCUGGUUCCGGUUCUGGGAGGACUUUGGCUUACAUGUUGCCUCUCGUUCAGGUGCUGAGAAGGGAUGAGGCAUUGCUCAGUAUGAAGCCAAAUCAUCCACGAGCCAUCGUGUUAUGCACCACAGAGGAGUCAGCUGACCAGGGUUUUCGUGUGGCAAAGUUUAUCACCCAUUAUUCUCGAUUAAAAUCUUCAAUGGAAAAUGGAGACAGCUCAAAAGCCCCUGAGGAUGUGUCAAAUGCCCCCAUUGGCAUGCUAAUUGGGACCCCUAGCGAGGUUCUACAAUAUGUAGAGGAUGGAAGUGUUAUAUGCAAUGAUGUCAAAUAUUUGGUUUUGGAUGAGGCAGACACCUUGCUCGAACAUGGGUUUGGUCCUGAAAUUAGCAAAAUCUUGAGCCCCCUAAAAGAGCGUGAAUCAAAGUCUAGUAAUCAAGGAUUUCAAACUAUUUUGGUCACUUCAACAAUUUCAGAGGGAGCUUCUGUUGUGGAGCGUCUUGAGCAUGAUAAUGCCGGAAAAGUGACUGCAAUGUUGAUUGAGAUGGAGCAAGAAGAGAUGUUUGAUCUCAUUGAGUCUCCGAGUACCCUAAAGAAAAAGGUGGCUGAGGCUUUGAAUUCUCUGACUUUGGAUGCGUCAGAAUCUUGAAUCUCAAAUUGCAUAUUUCCUUUGAUCUCUUUAAUGAACGAAUUAUCUGGGAAAAAAAAAAACUGAGUGCAGACUAGAAGUACCCUUCUUUAUAGGUACCCAUGAAUCCAAAUUUAUAGGGGCUUGAUAAGUUGUUGAAUAUAAAUUAUUGUAAUGGUUUCUUUCUUAAUCGAUUCUGUAAAACCUAUGCUAUCUGACUAGGUAUGUAGUAACCGGCUACUUCAUUAGUGAAAUGCACAGGUUUCUUACUUGCUUUUCAGUCUGUGACAGAGGACUAAAUGUAUUCAGACUAUUGUAAGUAAUAAUCUAUAUUGUUCUUAUUAUUCA